UGUGUACGUGCUUGUGUGUGUGACGUGCUCCCAGCGCUCGCGCCGGCUCCUCCUCCACUCGAGUGACGUUUCAGAGAGAAUGUCGCCAGUUCACCUCUCAGUCAGUUCCAGACAUGGCAGCGCUGAAACAGGAGCAUCGGUAUGGACUCUCCUGUGCAAAGACCCACAAAAACACUCCCAACAGAACUAUCUAUCACGUCAAGCUGACCGACACAGCCAUUCGGACACUGGAAGCCUAUCAGAACCUGAAGGGAUCCUUACCAAAUCAGCCGGCAAUUUGCUUCAAGGGGAACCAGGGGUAUGUCAAGAUUCCUGCUCCCACUGCGGACUCCCCGGAUGCCCUACGUGUCUUUUCCUUUUACCUGUCCAGUGACAGCAAGGACAAACCUCAAGCCAGCUUCGACUGUAUUCACCAGUAUGUCUCAGGGGAUGGCAGGGACCACUUGGAGGGCCAGGGCAGUAUUCAGGACAAGAUCACUGUGUGUGCCACGGAUGACUCCUACCAGAUGACCCGUGAGCGCGUGUCCCAGGUGGAAAAAGACAUCUGGAGUCGAUCAGCUAUCGAGAUCAAACCCGGGGCCACGCAUCCAAGAAAAUGUGUUCAGAUUAAGAGGAAGCAGGGGCUGCCAGGGAGCUUCGAUGGCGCUAACAGACAUUCUCCCAGCAACAAGAGGAGCUCAGCGCCCAGUGUGGUGGCCCACAGACCCUUAAGAGAACGAGUCAUUCACCUGCUGGCCCUAAAGCCCUACAAGAAACCAGAGCUGCUGCUGUGGCUCGAGAGGGAGAGAGCCAGUCCCAAGGACAAAGCUGAACUGAGCGCUGUGCUGGAAGAGGUGGCAAAACUAAACCCCAAAGACCACAGCUUCACUCUGAGAGACGAUUUCUACAGGCAAGUUCAGAGGGACUGGCCUGGCUACAUGGAGGAGGAGAAGCAGCUUAUCCACAGGCUUCUAGCCAGAAAGCUUCAGCCUCUUAGCAGCAGUAGCCAGUUGAAGACCUUCCAGUCCAACCAUUCAUUCCACAAAGCCACAGGGGAUUCUCCGUCCCAGCUUAGCCCAGUCAAGAAUCUCUCUGUGAAACGCCCAGUGCCUUCCGACCACCUGGAAAGUCAGACUCCGAAGAAGCAGAAAUUGUUAGACCAGAACUUGCCCUUGCAAACUCCUUCCAAUGGACAUCUCAGCUCCUCCAUAGGCCAUAAUUCUUCAGGCCCUGGAAGCUCCAGUGUGUUGAACAAAACAGAGCUCGAGAAAACCAACAACAGUGUUCAAGGGAGCCCCAAUGGCCUCUACCAGCGGCACAAGCUUAGUGAAUCUAAUGGUAUCCAUAAAUCGGAACGGUUGGAACCUGAGUCACCAGUGUUGGCCAGCUCCAAACCCGCAAGGACUGAACCCCCUAUCUGCACUGACCAGCAGCUAGCCAACAGCCAGCACAAAAAGAAGAAGUCCAAGAAGCACAAAGAGAAGGAGCGAGAGCGCUUAAAACCUGAAUGGGUGGAGACUAGUCCGGACCUAAAGCAUAACCAGGAAAAUCUUGUGGACCAUGAGGGCCCCAACACACCUGUGACCCGUGCCUCACCGGAGGAACUGCCAGACUAUUUAUUAAAAUACAGCACUAUAACUGACUCAGAACAGCGGCAGCAGUACAAGGAGGAUUUCUGUGCUGAGUAUGACGAGUACAGAGACCUCCAUGAGCGGAUCGGGAAAGUCACUGAAAUAUUUGUCCAGCUGGGGUCCAAGAUAAAGACACUGUCACCUGGUAGUCAAGAGUACAAGGUAAUGGAGGAUCAAAUACUAGAGAAGUAUAGGAAAUAUAAGAAGAAGUUCCCCGGCUACCGGGAAGAGAAGAAGCGCUGCGAGUAUCUCCAUCAGAAACUGUCCCACAUCAAAGGCUUAAUUCUAGACUAUGACCGCACUCACACCCCCUCCUAGUGCUGGCUCUCCGUAUUCUUUCUUCUUUCCUCCUUGGCUGGCUGUGCAGACCAAAAGACUCCUCACUGGAGAUGAAGCAGGAGUAAAUCUGGUUCCUUUUGGAAGAACCUGACCAAGCAUUUCCACUUCCUCCUCUGCACAAACGGUGGUGAAGUUGGCGUUUGGGGAUCGAAGCCCAAACCUUCUCACACAGGCUGAGACCUCCAAGACGUGAAUAAAACCCUUUAAUGCUUUUGUUUUCUUUUGUUAGUCUGUGUGAAAAGUGUUGCAAUGGUGCGAUUUUGAGGGUGGAAAUGGUGAGACGUGACUUAAACCAAACCCCCCCCCACUCCCCCCUUAAUGCAACAUGCAUUAACUCUUGGCUCACCCCUUCUCUUGUAGGGCUAUGGGCUCAUUCUAUGGUACAAUCAUAAUACUGGACAGUAAGAGAGGAUGAUCCCUACCCUGCCAGCUGUGUCCCUGUGCACAGAUUCUAUUUUGCUAUUUUACUGAAUGUACAUUUGUAAACUUGUAAGAUCAUGACUUCUAUUAUAGAGGGUUUUAAUCACUGGAUAGAAUAAGGGAAACGUGAAAUAUUAGAAGAUCUGGGGCAACCCUGCCAAACUCUUUAGAACAUCAGGGUGCACUUUUUUCUUGGACGAUCGUUCUUGUAAAUGAAAACUGAUUCCCGAUGUUCAUUGGAAAUGUAGUGAAGGGCCUUAAAUCUCAGCCGUCUCCUGCUCUUUAUAGGCUGUAUCUGGGUCUCACUACUACUUAUUAUGAUCUGGCAUACGUUUCAGACAGAAGUAAUGUGAUGUAACUAGAAGAAAGGUAUGAUAAAACUGGAGUAUCAAGGAGCAAUUAUAAAGCCCUUCGAUCUCAUGUUUAGGGCCGAAUUCCCAGACUCAGGUUAAGCCUAGCACUGGACCAAAAAAGUAAUGGAGAAUAAUUUUAAUAGGUUUCUCAGUUUUAUUUGGUCCAAACACUAGACCCAAUCUGUGUUGGGGAGACUGCAACAAAAGGGUACCACAGUGGUAAUAAUACCAUGAAUUCUGUGUCCAGGGUCCAGUGUCUCAAACCACUACAGCACAUUGUGUCCUUAAAAUAUUAUUAUUAUUAUUAUUAUUAUUAUUAUUAAACUCCUUCACAGCAUACACAAUCAUGUUUUUAAAGCACAUUAAUUUUCAGGCGUUAUUGAUAUUUUGGAUUAUUGUUUGUCUAUAUUUUCUGAAGUUUUUUUUUUGGCCAUCUGUUUCAUUGAGCCAAUGUCCAUUUAAGUUUUUGUGAAAAUGUAGCGAUUCAUGAGUCACAUCUAUUCUCUUAAAGGCCGGAUAUUUCACGAUUUAAAAAAAAAAAAAGAGUUUUUUAAAAAAAAAGGUAUAUCCUGCCUAUCUUUAUUUUGAUGGUGUUAUCAGUUCUGUUGGUUGUAGAAAUGGGGUUUAUGAUCAUCACUUUCACGGACAGUUAUAAAGCUUCAUAUCUUCCAAAACAGGUAUCUCCAAAAUAAGUAUCCCCAAACCUGCCCCUAAAGAACUGCCCUCCUGCUGAAUUUACUUCCAGUCACAAGUAGCACACGUUCCUCAAAGUAUUUAGGUGCUUCUUAAGAUUUUUGCUUAUGUCAAAUAUGUGACCUGUGUUGAGUUGCCUUUGGAACUGAAUUGUGCAGUAAGGGCAGCUCUCUGGGAGCAGGCUUGGAGAUGACUGCUCUAAACCUGAUAUCAAGUUGCAAUUCAUAUCCAACACUUUGUUUUAUUCUCAAGAGUCUGACGCCUGUUAGAAACUUUCCAUCAAAAGUUGUGUUUGCCCCUUAAUUUGGGUUCCUUUUAAUAAUGUACCAGCACUGAAACCAAACAAAAUGAUAGUCCUAUUCUUGUGGACUGGUGGGUUGUUCCUGUAUGUCCACUUUUGUACGAGUCCUCAUGAUCAGAGUUCUGCUGACUCUACCCAGUUGCCUCACGUGCAUUUUUGGAAGUAUUUUUGUGUCACUUUUGUGCUUCGACAUUUCUCUUACAGAGACAGCUAAGUUGUUAUUUAUGUCCCUGCAGUGUUAGUUCUCUCUACUUCUCAGUCCAAAAUUGAUAUCUGCGUGGAAGCUGAUAGAAUUGCCAAAAUAGCAUAGGUCUCUCUCUUUUUUUUUUGGUUCGAUUUUUAUUUUCGUUCGCUUGUUUGUUGUUAUUUUUAUUGUAAAAGUUUGAUGUUUUCUUCCUUCAGGUGCUACUUCAUGUAUUGAUGUAGAUGCCUUAAAUAAACUGGACCGCAUUAACUUGA